GCCACUUCAUGAACGAGUUAAGCCAGAAACCCAAACAUCAGCCGAAAACUUCUGAGCACGGGAGAGACCGAAUAUUUAUAAUCCGAGUCUGUCUUUCUAAACCCUUCCCAUUAAUAAGGAUGAUUAUGUUCAGGUUCUGACACGAAUGUCCAGUGCCAAAGAUUGUAAAACUGAAAAACAAGGGACAAAGGAAGAAAGGUAACAACUUGUACAUGAAACCAUUGGUGAAGGUGGAAAGCAAAGUGAAGGGAUUCUAAGAGAGUUGGCCUUCUUUUCAUCUUUGUCUUGUUCAAGUUCUCCCAUUGCAGGCAGCAGCUAUAGAACCACCAUUGCUGUGAACCUGCUGCUGCUUCUUUUGCUGCUGCAGAUGACUGUUUAAGCCCCAUAUUCGAAUCGUACCAUCAUCACUGGCUGAUGCCAACAUGUGUGGAUUCACAGGAUUCCAGCUGACGCAGUUUACGGAUCCCGAAUGCCCUGGCAAUGUCCCUAUCAGCUCCCCUGAUCCUCUAUGCCAUAUAUAUACCUGGAAAAUCAUCAACAUGAACAUAAAUAAAAAUCCCAGCGAUUAUUAUGCUGAUAAGGACGACUCUGACAAUGAUGCUUCACAAAAUGCAGAAAACUUCCAGGCUCUAAUUGCACCCCCUUCUAAUCUACAACAGCAGGCUCUGUAGACAAAGAGAGCCUGCAUUCCUCACCAAAAUACUUCUCUUGAAAGAAAGUAAAAGAUUCCACAUUCUUAACAUCCUUGCCAGACAUAAACACUUCUUUUUUACACAAGUUAAUCGGAAGUUAAAAGAACCUCACGUUCAUAACAUCGAUAAGCAUGGAGUAUGAUGACCGGUAAAGAAAAAGGAAGUUGCUCUAAACUAAUGACAAGCUACUUAUGAUUAAAAUAAACAAGUGUGUGCGUAAAGCAAGCGUGAAAUUUCAUACCUGUGAGUCUUCACUGCCACUGGCAAUAAAAGCUUGUUCAGAUCCUCCAAAACAGGAUUUGAUGACAAAUCGGGUACGCUUGUGACCUUUGUACUUGGCAACAAGAUUGAUAUCACCAUCUAUGUUCCACAGAUGGAUUUCCUGACCCACAAGGUUAACCAACAAGUACCUAUUAUCCCUUGACAACGAGAAUGAAGUUAUGGUUUGGUCCUCCUCAAUCACUCUCUCAGACUUUGCUUCCCUAUCAAGUAUGAGAAUUGCAGUUUCCUUGGAUAUGGACAUAAUCUCCUUUCCGUCACUAGUGAUUUCCAAAUCUGAAAUUCUGAGAGUUCGUUGACCUUUCCAACACUCUAUCUCCUUCCCAUCCAAUCCCCACACGCUAAUGCUCCUAUCAUUAACACCAGAAAAUAUCCAUUUCCCAUCUGGGGACCAUCCACAUGAAACUAGGCCAACCCCAGCUUUCUCAUAAACAUGGAGGCAUUCACCAGAUGCAACAUCCCAGCAUCUAACAGACUCCUCAACACCACAAGUGAGGAGUUUAUGAUCAUCAGAACUCCAUGAAACAGAGGAUACGGGUUUAUGAUGGCCAGAAAGUUUAUGCUUUAAAGAAACAUCACCAUUUGCACUGACCUGGUAAAAAAUAAGGCAAAAUAACAUUAGUACUAAACAAGGAAGACAGAAACAUCACAAGAACAAGGAUUGAAAAGCAUAAAGCUAUUGUGCAUGGCUGCUGCAGGCUACACAGUAAGUAGAGCUCAUAAACAGAUACAGACAUUAAACAUCAGCAAAUGACUAACAUAUGAUGGUCCUAAUUUAGCUUAAGGAGAUUCAGAAACAACUGCUUCCAAAGAUAUGUUUUGCCUUGUGACCGAUGAAUUUCCUUGACCAUGAUCUACCACAAAAUAUUGUGACAAUGUGAACAUUGUCCAAGCAAAUAACUUUCCAUCCUAAUACAACACGGGUAGCCCCGUGAGAUCUUUUAUUGCUUAAUCAGCUCAUUCCAUAGAGGAAAUUAAUAAAUAACGAGAGAAAAGCUUACUGUCUAAAGCAGAACAACUUCUCAAUAUCCAUUUGAAGAAGCGAUGACUCUACUGGACUUCAUUAAACACAUGAAGUUCGA